AAACUGCUUUGCGAUGUGAUUGGUUCUCUACGGCUUCAACUCAGAAAGUCCGCAUCUUAUUCGUCAGGUGCCGAGAAAGUUUGUCUCAGCAGGAAAAAGCGGUGUGGCGAAGGGAGACCCAGGGUGAGAGAUGCAAGCAGUGUUGCGCCUGGCAGUAGUGGCUGUGCCUAUGGGUGUGCUGCUGUCCCGGACCAUGGCGUGGAUGUCCAGUGGCAAAACACAUCCAGAGCUCAUCAGCAGGCUGAGGGAUCAUGGGGUGAUCCGCAGUGACAGAGUGUUUGAUGCUAUGCUGGCUACAGACAGAGGGCUCUACUCUAGAGACUAUCCUUAUGCAGACUCUCCUCAAGCCAUAGGCUACAGGGCGACCAUCAGUGCACCACACAUGCAUGCUCACGCUUUAGAGCUCUUAAGUGACAAACUAACAGAAGGCGCAUCAGCACUGGAUGUGGGUUCGGGAAGUGGAUACCUCACCGCCUGCUUUGCAAGAAUGACAGGACCCAGUGGUACAGUGGUUGGCAUUGAACACAUUGAUGAACUGGUUCAAAUGUCAAUAAAAAACGUGCAAGCUGAUGACGCAGAACUGCUCUCCUCUGGACGUAUCAGACUUGUAGUUGGAGAUGGAAGGCUGGGUUUCCCAGAAGGAGCGCCAUAUGAUGCAAUUCAUGUUGGUGCAGCUGCAGCUACUGUUCCUAAGGCUCUCUUAGAGCAGCUGAAGCCAGGUGGGCGGCUGGUUCUCCCAGUGGGCCCCGAUGGUGGCAGUCAGGUGUUAGAGCAAUAUGACCGGCAGAGUGACGGGACCUUCCUUAAGAAAGCUUUGAUGGGAGUGGUUUACGUCCCCCUGACUGAAAAGAGGCAUCAGUGGCCCGGAGGUGAGCUCUGACUGCAGUGUGGUUGCCCCUGCAGGAGAUGGCGUUGGUGCUGCGUGUCCGGGGCCACAUAGCCCUCGUCAUGGUUUCACUGAGCCCCUGACUUAACGGCCACCUGCCCCGCUGGGUUGUCACCUAGCAACGUACAUUGAGGAUCUCGCUCUGUUUGCCUGACCCAAGUUCUCCUCCAAGAGUGACUGACUGAAUAAGAGGGAACUACUGGACUAAUGACCUUUCUGCUAGAAUCCAUGGAGUCAGUUAGAGACUGAUAAGGAUAUUGUGGAUGACAAAGGUUUAAGUGAUUCACAUUAUUAUUUAUGGAUAAGUCAGUGAAACUCAGCAAGGACAACUUCUCCAUUGCAGCUACAGUCUGUGUUCAAUUCAGAUGAAUGGAAAAUUGGUGAAAUUGUGUUUAAUCUUAUGGGAAUGCUUUGGUUAUGAAUGCAGUAACACAUAAAGAUAAACCCAAGUACAAGCCAAGAAGUUUUAAUUAAAAUUUAGCAAAUUAACAGAGUAGUAUAUAUUUUGUGGUAAGAACUGAUUUGCUUCAUAUACUGUAUGUGUAGGACAUGUCCUGUUUGGCAUUGUUACUGUAGAACAGAGGGGGCAUUGUGCCAAAAAUUGAUUAACUGAGGCACUUAACUUUUUGAAACUAUAUGAAUAUUGUAAUUAUGUGUACACUCAUCAGAUUUAUUAAUAAAAACCACUAAAUAGG